AUGGAGACAACUAUGGAGACUCUUCUAAUCAUCUCCUUCUUCGUAGUGACUGCAAUGGCGGAGACCUCUACAUACAUCAUCCACAUGGACUUAACCGCCAAGCCGUUGCCUUUCUCCGAUCACCGGAGCUGGUUUUCCACGAGUCUUACUUCUGUUGUAACCGGGAGAAAACCAAAGAUUCUCUACGCUUAUACCGAUUCGGUUCACGGUUUUAGCGCAGUUCUCACCAACUCAGAGCUCCAACGUCUUAGAAACAAACCCGGGUACGUCUCUUUCACCAAAGAUUUACCGGUUAAGCUUCACACCACUUUCUCUCCACAAUUCAUCGGUCUCCAUUCAAACUCCGGUACUUGGCCGGUCUCGAAUUAUGGAGCCGGUACAAUAAUCGGUAUAAUCGACACCGGAAUUUGGCCGGAUAGCCCCAGCUUUCACGAUAACGGGAUAGGCUCGGUUCCGUCUAAGUGGAAAGGGAAAUGUGAAUUCAAUUCGUCUUCCUUGUGCAACAAGAAACUAAUUGGUGCUAGGGUUUUCAACAAGGGUUUGUUUGCCAACAACCCUGAUCUAAGAGGAACCAAGCUUGAUCAAUACUCUUCACCUUACGAUACAAUCGGACAUGGCACUCACGUUGCGGCCAUUGCGGCUGGGAAUUACGUUAAAAACGCAUCUUACUUCUCUUACGCGGAAGGAACCGCCUCAGGAAUCGCGCCGCACGCUCAUAUCGCAAUGUAUAAAGCCGCUUGGGAAGAAGGUAUUUACUCAUCAGACGUGAUUGCAGCGAUUGAUCAAGCGAUUCGAGAUGGUGUUGACGUGAUAUCUCUGUCGCUGGGAUUAAGCAUCGACGACGAAGAUGGUUAUGCAGGACUAGAAAAUGAUCCAAUCGCAGUCGCAGCGUUUGCAGCGAUUCGAAAAAACGUUUUCGUUGUUGCUUCUUGUGGUAACGACGGUCCGUAUUACUGGAGUUUGAUUAACGGAGCACCGUGGAUUAUGACGGUCGGAGCGGGAACAAUUGGUCGGGAGUUCCAAGGGAUUUUAACGUUAGGAAACGGAGUUAGUUUCGAGUUUCCGUCUCUGUUUCCCGAAGAUUUCCCGCCAGUUCAGUUUCCGGUAACCUAUAUCGAAUCUUGCAAUGUCGGAAACAAGACUCUUCCGAACAUAAUCAUUGUCUGUAAUGAAAACAUAAACAUCGGAAGCAUACUACAAGUACAACAAGUCAAAUCUACCGGAGCUGUAGCAUUGGUUCUAAUAGCAGAUAAGUUACUUGAGGAACAAGACACCAUCAAAUUCCCGUUUCCGGUAGCAUUCAUCAGCUCAAAACACCACGAAACUAUUAAAAACUACGCAUCUAGCAACAAUAACAACGCAACCGCAAAGCUAGAGUUUCGGAAAACCGUAACCGGGACAAAACCAGCACCAGAAGUAGACGGAUAUAGCUCGAGAGGUCCCUUCACAAGCUUCCCUCAAAUCCUCAAGCCGGACAUUCUAGCUCCUGGGACACUAAUACUCUCAGCUUGGCCACCGGUUAAGCCAGUCGCCGGAACUCUAACACGACCGUUAUACAGCGGAUUCAAUCUCUUAACCGGGACAUCAAUGGCUGCACCUCAUGUAGCCGGAGUCGCGGCGCUUAUAAAGCAAGUCCAUCGAGAUUGGAGUCCAUCGGCUAUAAAAUCUGCUAUUAUGACAACGGCUGUGACUUUAGACAACCCUUUAGCUGUUGGAGCAGGACAAGUUAGUGUGAACAGAGUCUUGGACCCUGGCUUAAUAUAUGAUACAACUCCACAAGAUUUUGUAAACUUCCUUUGUAACGAGGAAAAAAAAUCAAGAAAAUUGAUAAAUAUCAUCACAAGAUCUAAUAUCUCUGACGCGUGUAAAAACCCCUCUCCGUAUCUCAACUAUCCUUCAAUCAUUGCGUACUUCACGUCUGAUCAAGCUGGUCCCAAGAUCUUUAGAAAGACGUUGACAAACGUGGGAGAAGCAAAGAGAAGCUAUACCGUGAGAGUGAGAGGCUUGAAGGGUCUAAACGUCGUCGUAGAGCCAAAGAGACUAAUGUUCAGCUUAAAAAAUGAGAGGCUAAGCUACACUGUGAGAUUGGAGAGUCCUGGAGCGUUGCGAGAGAACGUGAUUUAUGGAUUAGUGAGUUGGGUUGAUGAUGAAGACGCUAAGUUUGAAGUUAGCUGUUCUGUGGUGGCCACGAGCCUUGUACAAGAGUCUUAA